AUGAAAAACAAUGCUCAUUCUGCAUGCUCCCCCACCGUUAUUCUCGGCAACUCCUUCAUUCUCCUCGCUCUCUCCUCCGGCAACAACCCCCCCCCCCCCCCCCCCCCCCCCAACCAAAUUACGACACCGAUAACCUCUUGCCUUAAAAAAAACCACAUCGUACGAGUGCUAAAAAACCAACCACGAUCACAUUUCUUGUUCUAGGGUACUUCGCAUUUUGCUUAAGGUUCCAAGAAUUAGCCUUUUGGUCUUAUUUUGGUAACGUUCAGUGAAUAAAGAUUCAAACUUUCUUCAAAUUGGGUAAAGAUUCUUGGCGGGUCACGUUUAAUUUGGCUGUAAAUUUCAAGUCUGCAUUGAAACUGGAAUGGUUUGAUGAGAAAGGUUAUUAUUGGUAAUGUUCAGUGAACAAAGAUUCGAUUUCUCUUCAAAUUGAGGAACAAUAUUUGAUGGGUUAGUUCAGUUUGGCUGUAAUUCUUAUGAAUGUAUUGAAACUAUCAAUCAAAUAAUGUGACAGAAGAAGUGUAUAAAUUGAUUCUUGGAAUUGUUUGGGAAAAAUGCUUAAAUGGAGACUCUUGGACAGCGAGGAUUCAUAUAGCGGACUCCAACUUGUUUGGGACUGAGACACAAUUGUUGUUUGCUUAUUGUAGAGUUGUUAUAAUAAAGGAAUUAAUAUGAAAGAAGGCAAUGGGCAAGAAGAAUUGCCAUCAUCACCCUACAGGGUAUUACAGCAAAUAUCCGAGGAAGCAGUAAGAGUUGCUGGUGAGGCGCUACAAAACGUUUACUCAAGUAGUAGUUCGAGAUUUUCACCAAAUACUGGGGUUGUUGGACAUAGAAGAAGUCGUAGUGAGAUAGUGACUUCUUCUAUUCAUAGAAGUGGAAGCAGUAAUUUUACAAAAUGGAAGUCUCAAAUGCAAAGGGCUUUGCGUAAUUGGGGUACUACUUCACAAGAAGACUGCUCGUUCUUACCGUUUAAUCCUGAGGUUUUGGCUAAUCAAAAGCGACAGUGGUAUCAGCUUCACUCGAAAACCUCGGAUUAUAAGAAAUAUAAGGAGCCCGACACGCUUUUUGAGCACUUUGUUAUCGUUGGUCUUCAUCCUGAUGCUAAUCUUGAGGAUGUUGAGGAUGCAUUUGCCAGGAGAAAAAAAUGGGAAGUACAGUUAGAAACAUCUGACAUGGUGGAUUUCAGAAUGCUUUCAAAUUGUGGUCCUUCAGUUCCAUCCCUAGAACCUCAGGUACUCUUUAAGUAUCCUCCUGGAAAGAAGUUAGCUAUGCGCAUGAAGGAUUUGGCAGCAUUCUGCUUUCCUGGAGGUGUUAAGGCACAUGUAAUGGAAAGGACACCAUCAUUUAGUGAACUAAAUGAGCUGGUCUAUGGGCAGGAGCACUUAGGCAGAGAUGACUUGUCGUUCAUAUUUUCCCUUAAGGUGGCAGACAAUGCUACCCUUUAUGGUGUAUGUUUACAUGUACCAGAAAUUGUUCAGAAACCACCUGCUAUCUAUGUUCCUUCAUCACCUCUUUCCCAAUCAGCAGUUGGUCGCAGUCAGUUUUUGGUUUCCGCACCCCGCUGUUAUUGUCUUUUAACAAGAGUUCCUUUAUUUGAAUUACACUACGAGAUGUUGAACAGUGUAAUUGCACAAGAGCGUCUGAAUAGGAUAACACAUUUUGUUAGUGAAAUAAAUCUCACUGAUUUUAUCCCCUCUGCAUCGAAAAUGAAUGACGCAUCAAAUGCAAACGUUGAUUCCCCUUACAGGGAUGAUGAAGCAGAUUGGACAGCUUCUGCAAUACCAGUUGACUGUGCAAUUGCUCUUACUGCUGCUGCUGCUGGGAUAAUCUCGGACGAUGAGGUUCCCUCGUCAUCAUCAAAGUGGGAAGUUUCUUCACCUGUAAGUAUCACCGCCAGUGAGGCAUCAGAUCAUAGUCAAGCAAGAGGAUUCGGUAAGGAUGGGGGAAGGAACAUCCAUUAUUUUGAUGAUUGUGUAUCCGAGGCCUCAGAAAAUCGAUCCGAUAGUGCUGAAAGGGUUUUUGGAAUUCAAGACAAUUACCGAACCCCUGAGAGCGGGCCUUUUGUCUGCUCAAAGGUCCAUUCUUUGGAGCGUCUUGGAAGCUUUGAAUCCUUAUUUAGUUCAGCAAGAAGUAUGGCAUCCGAGGACGAAGACGAUGACUUAUUUUUCAGCAACGACAAGGAUGCUGGGUGUGAGAUGAUAAUGGAGUGGGCUAGAGAGAAUAAGAAUGAUUUGCUGCAAAUAGUUUGUAGUUAUCAUUCCUUGCCCCUUCCACCACGAGGAAGUAAGAUCGUUUUUCAGCCACUCGAACAUCUACAGGCUAUUGAAUACGAGAGAAUUUCAGUUUCUGAACUUGGAAUUAGUGAGAAACAUCUGGGUACAAGCAUGAAGGAUGCAGAUGAAGUUGCAAAGGUAAAUUUCCAUUUAGCCGCUGCUGAGGAAGCUGUUGGACUAUCUAUAUGGACAACUGCAACAAUCUGUCGUGCACUUUCAAUUGAGACGAUAUUGGCCUUAGUCACUGGAGUGCUUCUUGAAAAACAAGUGGUUAUUGUGUGCCCCAAUUUGGGUGUUCUAUCUGCUGUGGUGCUAUCUCUGAUCCCCAUUAUUCGUCCAUUUCAAUGGCAGAGUUUAUUCUUACCUAUUUUGCCUGGGAAGAUGCUCGAUUUCCUUGAUGCUCCUGUACCUUUCAUUGUUGGCCUGCAGCACAAACCAACUGAUUUGAAGAUGAAAAGUGUUAAUCUUGUCCGUGUUAAUGUAAACAAAGACCAGAUAAAAUCGUGUUACUUGCCUCUACUUCCUCGACGUAAGGAGCUUCUGUCAGAAUUGCGGCCAAUCCACGCUAGAUUGUCACGCGAAGAUACUGUUGCUCAAAGGCGCCCUAUAUACAGAUGCAAUGAAGUGCAGGCUGAAGCUGCAGCACAAUUCUUGACUGUUAUGCGGCGCUAUUUAGAGUCUCUUUGUUCAGAUUUGAGGUCUCAUACAAUAACUAGCGUACAAUCAAACAGUGACCGGGUCUCGAUACUGCUAAAGGAUAGCUUUAUUGAUUCUUUUCCUGGUAGGGAUCAACCUUUUGUGAAGCUUUUUGUGGAUACACAACUUUUCACCGUUUUGUCAGAUGCUCGUCUUUCAAGCUACGAGAACGAGUAGGAUGUUAGCAAAAAAGAUGUGCUGAACUUUCUGUCAUUGCAGAGAAGAAGCAAAAUGACAUAUAACCGGACUAACCUUUUCUUCGUGUAUGUUAUGAUAUAACGGUGUUGUAGCAUAGAAAGGCAUGAGUUGUGCACAGGCUGUAAGGAGAAACUUUAUUUAGGCAUGAUUAUGAUAAUAAUGACAGUUUUUUCCUCCAAAUUUUGGAAGUAUAGGUGGUCUAAUGGAAUGGAUUUUCCAAUAACAUGAUCAGAAAACUGAGAAAAAUAGCCUAGAAGAUCAUCGUCCCUACCUUUUUUUGUGGGAUUGAUGUAAUUUAAAAUAUCUGCUUAGAAAAAAGGUAGUUCAUUUUUAUGUGUAAUCUUGAGACUAGUAACUUAUAUGACUUGAAACACUGUGAUUGUAAUUAGUGUCAUCAUUUGAACAUGAGCUGCUUCUUUACUGCA